CCCUUUUGAAGUCCAGCCUCCCAUCCUGGCUGUUCAGCCCGAGCAGCUGCAGCAGCUCCAGGUACUUUUUUCAUCUGCUGCCAGGAUGGGAGUGAUACGGCUGGCCAACCUAUCUCGGAUUCUAUGUUUUGCUUUUCAUGUUACCUUCAUUCAGCUUCAGCCGGCAACUGCAGAAAAAGAACUGAAGUUUGUGGUUGCAGUUUUCCGACAUGGUGACCGAUCACCUGUUGUAAGCUUUCCAACCGAUUUACACAAAGAAAGUGAAUGGCCCCAAGGAUUUGGACAACUUACCAAGACUGGAAUACAGCAGCUCUUUGAACUCGGACAGUACACAAGGAAAAGAUAUUCCAGCUUUUUGAACAGCACAUACAACCGGAAAGAGUUCUAUAUUCAAAGUACAGAUUACGACCGCACCAUUAUGAGUGCCCAGUCAUACCUUUCUGGCCUCUUUCCACCAACUGGCGGUCAAAUUUGGAACCCUGAGCUCCUCUGGCAACCAAUUCCUGUUCAUGUUGUGACAAAAUCAACAGAUCGGAAGCUGCAUUUUCCUCUGCGUGACUGUCCUCGUUUUGAUGAACUUCAGAAUGAAACCCAAACAUCUAGUGAAUUUCAAAGUAGAAUACAACCAUACAUGGAUUUUUUACAAACAAUGGCAGUUGACACAGGACUUGAACUAAACCACCUUAAAAUACUGGACAAUUUCCAGCUCUGGAAUACAUAUGAUACACUGUACUGUGAGAGUAUUCACAAUUACUCUCUACCGGUAUGGGCCACCAAAGAUACAGUGGACAAGAUGGAAAAACUGGCAGAAUUGGCCUUAUUAUCACUAUUUGGAGUUUAUAAAACAAAAGAGAAAUCACGACUACAAGGAGGUGUCCUUGUGAAUAUAAUUUUAAAUAGUAUUAAGCAAGCUGCCAAUUCUUCAAAAGAAAGAAAAAUGGAGGUCUACUCUGCACAUGACACCACAAUUGGGGCCAUCCAGAUUGCUCUCAAUAUUUUCAAUGGAAAACUGCCACCAUAUGCUGCUUGCCAGUUUUUUGAACUCUACCGAGAUAACAGUGGGCGGUAUAGCAUUGAAAUGCAUUAUCGGAAUGACUCUUCGGUGGAUCCUUACUUACUCACUCUGCCAGGAUGCACCUCUUCUUGCCCACUUGAGAAGUUCGCUGAAUUAGUUUCUCCUAUAAUUACUGAAAACUGGUCAAAAGAAUGUGGGAAUAAAGACAAAAUGAAAGAUAUCUAUAUUGGAUUUGAUGUUGCUGUUGGCUUGUUGUUCAUUUUUAACCUUGUUCUACUCUAUCUCCUUUAUCACUAUGGACGCUGCAGGCGCAGAAACAAUUACCAAGACAUUUAAAAGAGAGGUGAAGAAAUAAAAGCGAGCAGCUAGACAUCAGGCAAUUCUUUAAAUUGCUCUGGCUUGUAUCCAUCAGUUUGCUUUGGCCAAAUACAUCUCCGAAGCACAUUCAACAAACUUGAAGAGCUGAGGUAUCAGUGGCCUCAGUCCUAAAAGACUGAGUAUCUCCAGUGAGAAACACUGUAGAAAAUUAUUAUUAAGAAUAUACAUUGGUAGGAAGAGAGAAUUACUUCAAUUUCUACCUUUAGGUUUUUCACUACUAUGAAACACUAUUAAGCCAGCCACUAGGGUGAAGGAGUACUAUUGCUUAUGAAUAUUUUUGGCUUUUCUUUGGGGGUGGAGGGGGGGGAAUUGCCCUCUGCUUCUCCCUUAUCCUGCUCAAGGACUCUUUUUUCAAAUAUCACGAACUAUAAUAUCUUUCUUACUUCUUAUAAGCAACUAUUUUGACGAUGCAUAGGAAAAUGUUUUCAGUGAGCAGAAGCUGCAAUUACUUUGUGAAAAAUAUUCACACCAGCACUUGGACAUACUGUUUUUUGCAUUUAUUCAUGCAAAUCCAUGCAUGGGUUUUCAGCUUGGUCUCCAGCUGAUAAAAGCCUGCUUCCUGUUUCUAAAGGAGUUAUACUACUACAGCUCUCACAGAAAUCUGUAGAAAUCUGGGGGGACUGUCACAAAAAAACAAGCAUCAAGCAAGAAGCUUAGUGCAACAGGGUCUUUGUCAGCAUCCACAGAUUCACUAAUACAGAUAAGUAAAUACAUUGAAAUCUAUUUUCUGUGACAACGUUCCCUUCCUAUUUUUCUGAGCUCCCAUUUAUGGAUGACACUUUGCCCUACACCUCUGAUGGAUCUAUAUCCUGUCCUGCUUUAGGACACUGAUAUAAUCUUAGUUCUUUCAGCCAUGCAUCUCCAGCUAUUGCUUUUCUCAUUAUUUUAUUUACAACUUCUUGUCCUGCUCAAAAUCCCUUAAGUUAGCAAUAUAUGCACUGGAAGAAAGAAGACAAUUCUGCUUAUUGUAUAUUGAUCUCUUAUGUGAAAUAUAUUUUAUUUGUUUAGAUUGUCAGCUCCUAAUGGUAGGAAAUCUGUUACCAUAAUUGCUCUCUAGUAUCAUAAACUUCUGUUAUAAGCACUGAUAAUCAAGAUUUUCAUCUUGCAGUCCUGCAGACUAUACUGUGCAUUACACUACCAUGAAGAAGCCUUUUAAAAAUUCAAGACAUAGAGACAAGUGCCAACAGCAAGUUCAUCCUGACAGAAACAGUAAACAAUUGUGUGCUCAAGUUGAUGAGUUUCACUGAGGUGUAGAAGUCUAGAAAAAGCUGAGAGAUGGAGCUGCUUAGGUCACAUAUAGAAUCACGUCUAUGUUGAUGCACUGUUUCUGGACUGACUUUAGCACACAUCUGUGUGCUGCAAUUUGGAGCACAGAAAAUUGGGUCAACUACCACAGAUCUACAGAAACUUACCCUCAGUAUUACAUCAACAGACAUAUUUAAAAUGUGAUUUAAUUAGAUGUAUGGAUAUUAAAUAGCAUAAAUCAAGCAAAAUUACAAAGACUUGUGGGAAUAUAGGGCUUUCCAAGCAGCACUGUUUUUUUUCCUGCUGAGGUAUUCACCUUUUGAAGAAAUAUUUCCCACUUAGUAAAAAGCUUUUACUACCACCCCUGACAUUUCCAUUUCAUCUAUUUUAGGAAAAAGUAAUAAUCAAGCGAUGGGUUUGAUUCCUACAUGGUAAAGAUCUUUUGUUGUAUAACAACUCAGGGUACAGUUAUCAAAAAGAAAAAAAGAAAAAGAAGAAAAAAGGCUAUCUGUAAAUCAGAUGUUUUGUAUGUACAAGCUUCAGAUUUUAACUGGCUGUUCUGAUCCUCGGUGCAAAAAGUGCUUAUAUUGUAAUCAGAAGUGUUAGAGCAGCUCUCCAAAACAAGCCUGAGCUGGUUUGUUAGCAGCGGACUCACAGUAUGGCGGAGCUCAGCUCAAAAUGCAAAACUGAUCCUGGCUGCUGAAUUUGUAUUCUCAGUGACUACCAGAUGCUGAGCUCUAUUACCAUGACCACAGAGCUACUGACACCCACUUAAGGACAGACUGGCUAUUUUUACGGGAAACAGUCAGAUCCUUGACAAAUGAAGAUAUAACAUUGACUGAUAAACUGCAGCAAGAACUGUUUUCAAGUGAUCGCACCGUCAGUCAGUUGCACUCUACACGAAGCAGACUGGAGAAUGUUUUUCUGGCACUGACUCUUAGAAAAAGAAGCACAUCCAGGUAGAUAGUAAAAUAUGAAGUGUAUGAGACAUAUUUGUCAUUGAUGCUACUCAAGCAUAAGCACAUAAGAUAUUUCAAAGGAUUUUAAGAGAUGAGGUAAUUCCAGUCGCAGCAGAUGCUGUCAGAAUUUUACUGUAGGAACACCUGCUUUAUUAACAAAAAGCCAUACCUGGAAAUGCCUGUCUACUUUUAGAAAGAAUCCAGUGAACACAAGUUACACAGAAUGUAACAAAUAGAUUCAGGUGUAAUUUCAGGAUUAAUGAAGUUACAAUAAUGAUGCAAUACAUUAGUAGUCUAGGUCCCAAAUCUCAUUUUUAGUAAAGAACCUUUGCCUUGGUCGAAGCCAGGUGGAGUAAAAGGUUGCAUUAGACAAGCUCAUGGCUUUUUGUCAUUUUUUGAGCUACAUUUACAAUUUGCUCAGCAGAAUCUGUUGACUGUGAUUAGAAAAUAAAGCAAUUGCUCCAAACAAUUUGUAGCACUGAAAUAAAGUAUGUUAAAGAAAUGA